AUGGAUGAACCAGCCCCCGACCAUGGGCCUUCCGUGUUACCGUUGCCACCGAAGGCAUCGACGGAAGAGACGGACCGUCCAACUCUCCCCUCGCGUCCCAACAUCGCUGCUCGCCAUGCAAAACGCCUAACCCUCAACUUCCCCAUUGCGACGCCCCUCAAUCUUCGACCAGAGCAAGCUUCGCCAUCUGUCGCUACUCCUGCUACCGAGUCAUCUCCCCGGAUGAUGUCACCCGGCCAAUUUGUUCCCGAAGCCACCGUCCUAGGCGAGGUACUGAACCACGAACCGACUGAUCUGCUGACUGCCAUUGCGUCACAAGAGCGAAAGGUGCUCGAACUCAAGGAGGAAUUGCAAAAGGCCGAGGCGGAGCUGGCGAGUUUGAAGAAACAAUGGGUUCGGAGCGAGAGACUGAAGAAGCAGACGGAAAUCAGCUUUCAUACAGAAGCUAUGCGGCCUAUCCGGGCAUCAAUGGAUGGCUCAAAUGGUCUUCAGUCUCCCAGAAAUUCCGAGCAUCCGAUCGCCGCGGCAGCAUCAACGACAACCCCUAUAGAUACCGUACCUAUACAAAUCAGAAGGAGCAAAGAAUUGGAACGACGAGAUAGCAUCCGCAGUGCAGCUAAAGGCGAGGCUCCGGUCUCCGCCAAUGGUCGGAGGGUCUUUGCUGGUUCGAAACACACUCGGACUUUAUCUUUGUUAUCGCCUGAUAUGGGUGUUGUCAAACCACCAUUUCCAAUGCCAAGUCCUUCCGAUUCGACCAAAAGCUCCGACAGUCAGGCGACACGACAUCCGCGAUCUGCAACGCUGCCUUCUGUGGAUCGAGCCGAUACGUCAAAGACUGUGGAGACAUCCGACAAGCCGACAGAAGAGAAUUGGCGCCGAUCUAUGCCUCCCCCAUCUAGUGAAGCUCUUCUACGGACUGGUAGACAAAUGGCAUCCGAUCUGAGAGAGGGACUAUGGACAUUCCUCGAAGAUAUUCGACAAGCUACAGUAGGAGAAGAAGGCAUCAGCGCUACUCGAAGCCGGACACUUCAACCCCCAACAUCUGGAACAGCACGCACUCGCAGCGGACAACGAAGCGAACGGAGCGUGACGCCGGUUCGAAACCGGGAUCAGAAUGGAAAUUCCAUUGGACGAACAAGCUCAUCUUCAUCGCUGUCCAAGGAUGCAUCAGCAUCAAGAAAAACUGGUAAUAACAAUUCUUCUUCUACAUCUCCUCCGAACGGCACAGAGGUAUCAUUUUGGAGUGAAUUCGGAGUUGAUACCCCGGGGCAGAAGCUCAAACCCAAACAAACCAAGCGAGCCGCCGCAGUGGCCGCCAGCAAUACCCAAAACGGACAGAAAGAGUCCGCAAACUCGAACCAAGUGGAGGUCGGGGAGGAGGAUGAUGACUGGAAUAAUUGGGAUACGCCGCAGCAAGACAAAAAAUCGCAUACGCCUUCGUCGAGUCGAUCGACAGUUACUUCUAAAAUCGAUCAGUCUCCGUCAACCCAGCUUAGCAGUCCAAGGACUAGUGCAAGCUUUUGGGAGCGAAAUACCGAUGAAACAGAACGUCCUCGCACGGAUAAUGGCAUUCCGUGGCCAGCCCUGAGCAAGUUUACGGCUUCGCAACUCACGCGCACCGCGUCAAGUUUGAUGGAUGAAUGGGAAAAGAGCCUGACUUCUACCUCGUCAUCCACAAAGGCGGAGCAUGAUGACUGGGAGACUUUUUGA